GGCCCAGGCCCAGGCCCAGGCCCAGGCCCAGGCACAGGCACAGGCACAGGUCCGUGUUCCUCGCUCCCAGCUUCAGCCGCGGCCAUCGAUCUCGUCCCAGAGCGGCGAUGCCCCGUGGCAGAGCCAGCCCUCGGAGCGGCGCGCCGUCGCCAUUCAUGCCUAUGUCAAGACCAUGGACGAGGAGAUUGAUCUCCAUCCGGGUGACUUGAUGAGCGUCAGCCAAAUCUUUGCCAACGGCUGGGCUGAGGGUGCCAACUUGUCGACCGGCCAGACCGGAACCUUCCCCGUAAACCGCCUGCACUUUACGCCCCUGCCCGGUAGUUCUUCCGUCCACGGCCAAGCUGUCGCUGGCAGCCCCCAAGACAAUGCGGCCCCGCGAUCACCGUCGCAGCACCACCACAACCUGUAUCGCUCGCAGUCGCAGUCCAACAUGAGUCGCUCGCUCUCACAGCAAUCCAACCUGACCCGCUCCGGCUCCCAGGCAACGGGACACUCUGCGCCCCCCCAGACCAAGCCACCAUCUGCUCCGGAGCGCGAGGGCGUCGACCUCAAGAGCCUGGACGACCUCCUCUCGGAUAUUCAACGAGAGCUGAUCGACGAGACCGGCGGUGCCCCCGCGGAUGAGCCCAAGACGGCAGCCCAGCCGGACUCUACCCCCGUUCGCCCUCCCAAGGCCCCUCGCUCGACCCUGUCGUCCGAGGAUGCCGAGAGCAACUCGGAAAUCAGCCGACCCGCAUCCGAAAUCCUGGCCGGCCUCGCCUCGCCUUCGAUCGUCGACCGCACGCCCAUGAACCAGCGCAUCGCCGUUGAUGCCAUCCCGGUCACUCCCAUGUUCCCGAUGAGUGUGCCGCCCCGCACGGGACUGUCCUUCCAGCCCGAUACCGUUGAUGGAUCGGCCACGCGCCACUCAAGCUCCUCUCGCUCCGAGGCCGAGUCGUCGUCGGCUCUGUCAACCGAAAAGACCCCCGCGGAGAUCAGCGACGUCCAGGAGGAGGAGCCGGUUGAUGCAUCCGAAGCUGCUGCCUCCAGCACCCCCGAGCCCGUUACUGCUGCCGAGCCCGAGGCACCCCUGACCUUGAGCGAGCUCGACCAGCUCCUGAUCAGCGGAAAGAUCAACCCUGUGGACUAUCUCGCCAAGAAGAAGCUGAUCCAGAAGUAGAUGGUGCUGGAGGAUGCAUAACUGUCCCCGGCAAAUGAGGGCUCGCGUGCGAUCCCGUCCCUCCUCCUUCGCUUGUCUCUUGUUCUAUCCCUUGCCUUUCGCUCUGUCAUCUCGAUUAUCGACCCGCCCACACCCUCUCGCUCUCAAUUCACUCGAUUCAAUCAAUCGCAAUGCUUCCGUCCGCUCCAUAUCUGCCAAUGCCGGCUUCUGCUCUAGAAGGGCCUCAUCCGCGGUCCAGGCAGCCAUCGUUCCGAUGCACACACACGCCUCAUUCUAGCCGGGACCAGCGCCGUCCACCUCCAUUCGCUAUCCCCUGUCUCUGUCUUACGACGGCAGUCCGCUGAUCGACUGUCGUUGCUGCUGUGGUUGAUGCAUCGGUUUCGUCCACCCCGGACACAUGCUUUCGCUCUUGAUCCGUUUGGCUGUGUUGCCUCCGCCCUCGCAGCGUCUUCCUUCCCAUGUCCAUCAGGCUCCCUCGCCAAUAC